UGCGCAAACUCGGUUGUGAGUUAAGACACUUCACUUUUGCCACACUUUCCGGGCGCCAAAUUUAAAGAUAAAUGAGUAAGUACAUCCAAUAUCCCGUGAUGCUGAGAUACGUAAAGCAAAUCAGCGUUGUGAACUUACACGACUGCCUACGAACACUAACAUGUUUUUCUUGUUUUAAGUAAAAUAUGCAGACUCAAGUUCCCGUGCGUAUCAUUGGGUGAUUAGAUAAACACUUAAUGAAACUACGCCUUCCUUUAAAAUUGAUUUAAUCUUCGCCACGAUGAAUAGCAAGUGUCCCCUUGCUUCUUCACGGUUACUGAAACGCUUGUUUCUGGAUUUGUGAAUAGCUUAGUAUCUUCAGCAUAUGCUCAAUGUUUUACAUUUGCCACACCAAAUUUUGUAGAUGAUUACUCUUCUUAAGGAACUACUUCUCGCUCAGUGAAUCUCGUCACUGUAGAAAUGGGUGGAGAUUUAAGCGAAUACUAAGACGCCGAGCUUUCAAAACAAACUUAAAAUUUGACAACUAUAGGCCAACUUGUAAUUUCACUCUAUUGUAUUAGCAUUCUGUAAACCUUCCAUGGGUUGAUAAAGCCGAAAUCAUUCUUCUCGUAGUAAGUUGAUCUCGUAUAGCAAUGGAGGUCCCAGCUUCAUGCCUUAAAAAGUAUGAAAUGAGAAAAAGGGGUAAACCGCAGGAAUGGAAGUCUCGAGUAGACUGGAAACGGACAAAGAAAGACGCGAUGGUUCACUUACUUGACAGUGAGGAAGAUGAUGAGGAAGGACGUGCAAGUGUAUCAGAGUACGAAAAAUCUGAAUCAGAUGAUGGAGAAGCCAGAAGUAGUGACGCAGUUCCAAAAGAUGAAACAAGUCAAAGCAAUGACACCACUGCAGAUCAGUCUUUAGAAGACAAUGAAAGCAUUACACCGGCCAGACGUAAGAGGCCUUCCAGCCGUGUAAUGUGUGACACUGACUCAGACAGUGAUGUAUGCUCUCCUGUCAGGAAAGUACGCAGUAAACGUCGCCGUGCUUUGGUUCAAGAAGACGAGGGUCAAAAACCAAUGGAGGUCAGCUCUGACACAGAAGAGGAGGACGCCGCACUUGAAAAAGAGGAAGCGAACAAAAGAAAAAGCAUGCGGUUGUCAAAACUUAAGGAACUUUCAGCAAAGAAACGGGCUCUGGGCGGAAGCAGACCAAGUAACAGCAGUGGCAUCUAUGAGGAUUCUGAUGAAGAUGUUGAUCAUCUAUCCAUAAGUCCAGCAGAAUACAUUAGUGAUGAAGAUGAGGAUGCUGACAGUCUAAAUGAUUUCAUAGUUGAAGAUGAGACUGAAGAAAAUGAAGACGAAUCCUCUGUUCAAGAGCCAAAAGAACCCAAGUCGCUUGUUGAUCAUCACAUUCCACUUUAUGGAACUAGAAAGAAGAGAUAUGCUCAAGAUUUACUACUGUCACUCCAUUUUUUUGAUGAGAGGUUUAUAGAACCACGCCUUACAAAUUUAAAACAAAGAAGCCGCUGGACAGAGCGAUACCAGGAGAGAGUGGAGGGUUAUCCAAGUGUAAAAGUUGUUAUGCGUGGAGUUCGAAGUUCGAACUGCCAAGCCUGUGGUAUGCUUCGCCCCUGCAAAUUCUCAGUCAUUUUAUCCGGGCAGCUGUACAACAACAAAACACUAGAAGAUGACGAUUUCAUGUCUCAUGACAAACAGAAUCUAAUUGUUGGCAGUAUGUGUGCUGAAAGAACACAGGUUUACCAUCGUCUCAAACAUUUUAAAUAUCACUUGUACAGUAAGUGCUGUUCCAUAACGCAACUUGAAAAAGAUGAAGAAGAAACCGGGAAAGACACUGUGAAGAGGAUUCUUGUGCAUUUUUCAGAAAAUGGCUGGAUUCAACAGCAGUAUGACAUUCUUGAAAAGCUCUUAGAUGAAGCAGAUGUCUUCCAGGAAGAGAAGCUGGAUUAAUAGCUGAACAUGAAUGGAGAUAUCAUUUUAACUUCAGUAAUAUACACACACAGAAUGGACAUGCCCAGUAAUUUUAAAAUGUUUCUAAUUCUAUGAUGCUUUUAAUGCAUAUAAAAGUAUUGUACAUAUUGCGUAUGUUUACUUUUUCUUUAAUCUGUAAUGUGGCUACUUGAUGUUUUAAUUGAUUCAGAACUCCUAAUUGCAAGAAUGGAGUGAUUAUUUUAUAUAUUUUUAUAUAUAUUUAUUUAAAUAAUGCUUUAUUGUAUUCGGCAUACAUUGUUUAUUCUGUUUACUAUUACAGAUUAGGUUUUUCAGAGAUUAUCCAUUGUAACUGAGCAAAAAGUUGAUAAACAGUUUUAUGUUUUGUCAUGAAAUUGCGCCUGUGACUGGUACAUGUAAAGUGUUUAAUAAUAAAAUCUGUACAUACGGGAAAAUA